UUCAUUUACAAAAUAGAUUACCAACUACACUUGUGUUACAACAAAAUCCAUCAGUGAAAUUAUGAUAUUCUCAUAAUGUAAUGUUGUACAGUACAGUAGCCAGACAAACGAAAGACAGUUUAUUGUGCGUCACAUCCGGUGGAAUAUUCUAGCGGAUUCUUCUGUUGGACUUUAAAAGCAGGCGCGCAGAGACGCAGACUGAGAUGCUUUUUUACAGGUGAACCACUGAAACGUUAUUGGGAUGCAACAAACAACCACUUUGUACACAUGAAGAACAUCAUCUUUAGGUCUUUCCAGCUGCUGUGCUGUGGGCAGACUGACGCAGAGAGAAUCAUGAUUCUGCUGACUCCAUCCUCUGGUUUCUUCCAGCGUACCAAUAAGCUAUUUCUAAGCGAGCAGGCCACGGGUGUCCAGCUCAAGGAGUUUGUACGCAAAAAUGCAGCCAAUGCUCUGUCUAUGGCCAACAUGCUCAUGGGCAUGGCCUCUAUUCUCUGCAGCCUGAACGGCCACCAACAUGCAGCCUGCUGGCUGGUCCUGAUUGGCUACCUGCUGGAUUUGGCAGAUGGGGCAGUUGCCAGGCGACUUGAUGCAUGCUCACCACUUGGUGCUAAACUGGAUGAUUUUGCAGAUUUCACAACCUUUGGGAUUGCAACAUCAUUGCUCCUGAGGACACAUGCCUUAAUGGACAACAUCCUGUGCAUGUGCUACGUCCUGUCUGUGUUUGUCCGCCUCUGCUUCUUCUCCAGCGGCAUCCCCUUCAUGUACCGUGGCCUGCCAUGUAUCUACUCUUCCGCCAUCCUGGCCUGUCUCUCCCUGCUGACCGGAGGUAACAUGGUGAUCCUGCGGGUCACUGCUGUGGCCAUGAUCCUCUUCAUGGUCAACCAGGGCUUCUACCCUCACGACAGGGUCCUGGAGUCACAGGCCUGGAAGAAGGUGGUCUACGCUGGAGGAGUUGUCAUGGUGUUCUGUUCCUCUUUCUCUCCGGCAUGUGUGUACUACCUGUUGUGGUCUGUCUCCUACAUUUUGUUCCCAACAUCUCUUUGGAGUUGCAAAGUGUAGUAGGAGUUAAAGGCCUUGCUCCAAACUCACACAUGGCUUGUCAACAGGCCGUCCGCCGGGGUUAACUAAAGCUCCCAGACUGCUGCUGCUAGCUAUCCACAGCGGAUCGAAAAAGGACGUAAGAGGACGUUUUAAUGUUUUUGUAAGAUUUAACUGCCUUUUUCAUCAUGACCACUUGAUGGAUAAUGUAAUGUACCUUAGCCAUUUUGUUUUUGAUUAAUACAGUGUUUGAAUGUCUAGUUAUGUUUUUACAAUACAAUGGCAGAAUUGUACUGUACUGUCUUGUGUGUACUGUGUGCAUAAUUGUGCUUGAGAUUACUCCAACUAUUAUGAAGUAUUUUCAGUAAUUAAUAGUCAUUUGAGACUAACUGUAAACAUGGUAGAUUCAAACUUAUUGCAUGCUCCCAAUUUGUAAUACAUAUUUAAUUCAAAAUAUUUUAUUUUCAUCAUAUUGCAGAUACAAAAGAAGUCCAUUGUAUAAUUAAGCAAUAAGGCCAGAGGAGGUGUGGUAUAUGGCCAAUAUACCAUUGCUAAGAUCUGUUCUUAAGCACGAUGCAACACAGAGUGCCUGGAUACAGCCAUUAGCCAUGGUAUAUUGGCCAUAUACCACAAACCCGCAAGGUGCCUUAUUGCUAUUAUAAACUGGUUACCAAUGUAAUUAGAAGAGUAAAAAGUAAUUUUGUCAUACCCAUGGAAUAGUUAAGUGAUAAUGUCCGAGAAGCCGGUGUUUGGAGGAUAUAUUGGCACGGGCGUUAGGCCCGAGACAAAGUCGUGGGGCCGGCAAACCAUGCCAAUUUAUCCUCCAAACACCAGCUUCUUGGGCAUUAUCACUUGUAUACAACGGGUUACCAACAUAUUCAAAUAAUGAUUUACAGAUUUUCAUAAAUUAUAUUUUGGUGACUUUAUUCAUUCCAUUUACCCCUUCCACGAGAUAUAUAGUCCUGACACAAAUCUAGGGUUGCUACCCAGGCCGGCUGGUCAUUCGUUCUUUUUAUUUUACCUUUAUUUAACUAGGCAAGUCAGUUAAGAACAAAUUCUUAUUUUAAAUGACGGCCUAGGAACAGUGGGUUAACUGCCUGUUCAGGGGCAGAACGACUGUUCAGGGGGUUUGAACUUGCAGCCUUCCGGUUACUAGUCCAACGCUCUAACCACUAGGCUACGCUGCCGCCCCAAGUAAGGGUUCUAUCGGUUAGGUUGCCAGAGACGCGACCCAGUCGUUUGUUCUAAAUGUUCCAUUGCCAUACUGGCUGGCAACGUUCUAAUCCCUUGCUUGCUAGCCAACUACAGCUAAUUUACAGUGCAGACAGAAUAACAACAAGUAGCUUCAUUUUCAUUUGUUUUAAGGUGUUUUUUAGUAACAUUUAAUUUCACCUGGCAUAGAAAAUUCAGAUGAGCUAGCCAACACCACAGCUAACACAAUCACUUCAAACUCGAGCUGGAAAGACUGCAAACUAGCUGCACUUUGUUUCGUUUGACCAGUUUUCUAUUGAUAUUUCUUCAUAUAUCCAUAAAAAUGAUGCGGAUUCAUUUUGACUGGCUGAGAAAAGCUGACUGCCGGUCUCAUCCCGACACCUUUAUUACUAUGGGACAGCUGGAGAUCGAAUUUGAAUAUUGAAACAAUGUUGCAAAUUUCGGAGACAGACAAGCAAGGUUUAUACAAAUCUCCGCUGUUGAACUAAAUGUUAGUCUAAAAGAAAUGUGAGAUAAUGUCUAGAUGCUUUUUGUAGAGGAGAUCAAGUUUAACUUCCCUGCCUGGUCUGAUGAGACAGUGGAUUGCGCAGUCAGAUGGAACAGCAGUGGUGGAAAAAGUACCCAAAUUUCAUACUUGAGUAAAAGUAAAGAUACCUUUUUUUUAAUAGAAAAUUAUUUGUGUUUAAGCCCAGGCUUUGUUGCAGCCGGCCGCGACAGGGAGGUCCGUGGGGCGACGCACAAUUGGCCCUGCGUCCGGGCUCGGGAGGGUUUGGCCGGUAGGGAUAUCCUUGUCUCAUCGCGCACUAGCGACUCCUGUGGCGGGCCGGGCGCAGUGCAUGCUGACCAGGUCGCUAGGUGUACGGUGUUUCCUCCGACACAUUGGUGUGGCUGGCUUCCGGGUUGAAUGCGCGCUGUGUUAAGAAGCAGUGUGGCUUGGUUGGGUUGUGUUUCGGAGGACGCAUGGCUCUCGACCUUCAUCUCUCCCGAGCCCGUACGGGAGUUGUAGCGAUGAGACAAGAUAGUAGCUACUAACAAUUGAAUACCAUGAAAUUGGGGAGAAAAAGGGGAUAAAAAAAGUAUUUGUUUAAAUAUACUUGAAUAUCUAAAGUAUAAAUCAUAUCAAAUUGCUCAUGCAGUUAUUUUAAUUUUACGGAUAGCCAGGGGCACACUAACACUCAGACAUAAUUUACAAACGAAGCAUAUGUGUUUAGUGUGUCUGCCAGAUCAGAGGCAGUAGGGAUGUCCUCUUGAUAAGUGUGUCAAUUUGACCAUUUUCCAGUCCUGCUAAGCAUUCAAAAUAUAAUUAGUACUUUUGAGUGUCAGGGAAAUGUACUUUUCAUUCCAUACAUUAUUUUAUUUAGAAAUGCAGUAAAGUAAAAGUUGUCCAAUAUCAAUAGUAAAGUACAGAUGCCCCCAAAAAACAACUUAAGUACUUAACACCACUGGAAUAGAGUAAAUAGGCAUUUUAACAUCAGAUUUAACAGGUGGUAACUUGUGGAAUAGACACAGGCUGGAAUGCGGUUUUAACCAAUCAGCGUCCAGGAUUAGACCCACCUGUUGUAUAAGGUCUGAUAUACCAUGGCUUUCAGCAUUUAGGGCUCAAACCACCCGGUUUGUUUUUUAAAUGAUGGUCGACAGACUUUGGUUCGUAUCUUCUGUUCUACUUAACUCUACCACAGUGAUUGUACAUAAUACAUUGUGUGCAUAUGGGAUUGUUAAAUAUUUUUUUAUUUUAACUUCAAAAACCACAUUUGUUUUUGAGCAUCAAACUGCAUUCUUUAAUCCUAAAUUUGUCCAUUUUUUUUGUCCUACUAUUGCGACGAGAGAUUAGUUUCAUUUCAUUGGAGGCAAAAUGUAUUAGUGCUUACGUUCCCACCAGAUAUUUGAAUCACUAGAAUUUACAGUGCUAUUUUAAAAAGAUGUCACGGGCUAGCUAUGGUGAAUACAAUAUUGAGCAUCCAUGUAAGAUAACUGGUUCUCGUGUUUAACUCAAAACACAGGAGCAGAAUUUUAUUCUUAGUAAGGGUUUGACAUCUUUCAAUUUGAUUUACACGAAUGGUUAGGUUUUUGUCUCCUGUGAACGUAGCUUUUAAUUUGGUAUUUGUGCACCUCUGCUUCUGUUUUAGGAGGCUUUGCACUUUCAGUAGUACCAAAAAAAUUGCUUUUUACCCAAGGUAUAUUGAAUGUAUUUUUUUUAAUUUUUUUUUCAUAACACUAGUGCCGGCCCGAACUGUGCUGGCUUGGAUAAUUUCCUUUCCUGCUGUCCUUUCCAGCACUGUUCCAGUAAUUAUGGUUUAUGUGUAACUAGUCCUGCUCAUCUUGGCUUGGUUCGGCUCCGCUCAGUAGUGUGAAAAUAUCUAGAUAUUCCUGUUCUUGAUCCAGUCGGUCGGGCAAGGACUUAUUCCAUUUCCGCAUGACUGGGUGUGUUAUGAAAAUGGCGGUUUGUGCCUCGCUUUAGGAUUUUAGAUGUGUGUGUGAGUGAUGGAGACAAUGUGACGAGUUUGUUUUGAAACAUCUUGAGACUGACAACAGCAACUCUACAGUACACCUAUAAAUGUCACCUCCGUGGUCCAAACUGCUGGUUUGUUAACAUCAUGGUCAAUGGCAAGCAAUUUUAUGAACAAAAUCAACAGCGUAGAGGGAGUGAAGUACACUUAAAGGCCAAUUUUGCGUAGCAUGAUCAGUGACUUCAAGACUUCAACUGUAUGACCACAAUACAUGCCUCAUUACUACAGUUCAAUGCACAAGAGUGAUACUCACCCAAUUAUAAACCAGUAAUCGUCUUAUGAAGAUCUGUAUUUUUUAUUCUGUACCUUUUGACAAUAAAAAGUGGUGAUUUAUAAUGA